UGGCAAUGCUGUACCGGAUCCGGUGCUAGUCCUCUUUCUGUUAUGCCGAAGCCCUACUUCAUGUUAAGUGUUCGUUCCGAUAUUAAGUGUCCCAGAGAAAGUAAGUAGGAGGACCCUUAGGUGGGAGCAUGAUGAAUCUAAUGCGGCCACCAGCUGAUGGCUAAACGAUCAUCAGAAUCAGAUGAAAUCAGUAGUAGAGGCACUAUCAUGAGUUACGGUUUGUAAACAUUUUCUAAUAUUAGGUAACAAGAUGAAAACCGGUGGCUUUGACGACCGCGUCUUCCUUUACAAUAUGCAGUUUCUGAACAUGCCAUUGUGGUCCCAUUGGUUUCCAGACCAGAAGCUGAAACUUGGAGAGGUAUUCGAGAAUCCGCUACGUUACAGCAUGACACUGGCCGUUCCGAUUGGAGAGGGAGACUACAAAACGCUCGCAGCACAUAGAGCAACCGAGAGUGAGAGAGCAGGAAAAACAAUGUUUACGGCCACCUCACAGUCUGCCUACGGCGUAGAUCGUCAAGCAGUUGGCGACCCCAACCGUAACCAAGGAAACCGGCAUCAAAUUAAGACUUCGGACAAGCACGAGGUAAAAUUUUUUUUCUGGUCUACUUAACUAGUUGUACAACGGGAAAUCAAAGCACUCUCAAAUAACAAUGGAGGUGCAAGAACCUGCAUGUGCAGAAGUGCGACUGUGAUUUUAGUAACUGAAAAGGCGCGAUCCACCGGUUGCGGGACGAAACCAACAGUUAAUUAGACUUGACGCUGAUAUGCCAUACUUGCAUGCUAUGCAUUCCGUGAAUUUGUAACAGAUGAAACGAGCCUCCUAAUGACUGCAGUUGGUUGGUUGCGAGUGCAGCGAUUGCAAGUCAGCGCCUCCUUUAUGAAAGGGAUUAUUGGCCAGAGGAGGAGGAUGAGGAAGAAACGAGGUCAGAGGUCCGGCAAGUUAGGGCUACUAAGUUGUAGUACUUCAUCUCAUGCUCA